UCUAACGGCAAGUAGAUUGACAUCUGAUUAGUUAUUUGGUUUACAUAGUUUUGCUAUCAGGGUUAAAUAGGGCCGUUGGGAGCUCGUUAUUUUUCAGAUAAACUCUCCGACAAUCUAAUUCAAAUAACUUCCAUGAUAAAUCUUUAUACUAAACACGUACAGCCGUAAUGUCGUCAGAACGCAUAAAAAACAAAAUCAUCUAACAAUAAAAUUUUUUAGUAGCAGUGCUAAGUAUGUAUUUAGCUUUCCGUAUGCACUCUGCGACAAAGCUGCAGCUCGCAAAAAUUUGUUAAAGCAGCAUGGUCGAUGCUCACACAUAAUGAACUGCCACUUGGGGAGUUAGCCUAGUUGGAGGUCGAUCCUUAUUAUGCGGAUAUUAGCUCUCUAUGCUUUUUAUAUGGUUACGCGCUAGCCGUGCCUACCAAAUAAUAGCUGCGUAUCCGAUUCGCUGACUACAGCUGUUCGUGCGGGCGUCGUUUAACUGGAAACCUGUUGUUCGAAACACACAAAAAUCAGCUGUGUGAACUGUCAGCGCGGCACCUGCUUAGCCUGUUUUCCGAAAUCUCCUGCUUUGAUCAUUUGGUUAUACUGUGUAAAACAGGACAUUUAUUAUUACUACGUGCCCAAAAGAUGUAUUCGGUUAUAUAUAUAUAUAUAUAUAUAUAUAUAUAUAUAUAUACGCGUAUAAAUGAGGGCUGUUAGUGAUAUUGUUUAACUUUCCCUGUGGAGCGACAGCUCUUUGUGUGUAAUUUGUCUCGUGUAUCAAAAUCGUUACGCUAACACAUGGGAGCCCCACCAAAAGUGACCCGUACGAAAGGUUGUUGUUGUUAGUCGCUAUGUGAACAUUUUUGGAAUUGGAAGAUAAAAUAAUAUGGAGGCGAAUCAAGAGGAGCUCGUCGAGGUCAUUCAAGGAUUGCAUGAUGAGCUUCGUUACCGUGUGCAAAAAGAACCUGAAGACUAUAUGGCCAUUUGGAAGGAUCACAGCAUGGACAGUGGUGGUGAAGCCAAAGCUCGUUACGCAUCAGCCAUGCAUUCACUGGCCACCAAGGUUUGGAUCCGCAAAGAACGCGCGGACGACCGAAUUGCGAUUACGCACGCCGAAAUCGAAGACUAUUAUCGCGAUGGAGGAUUUGAGCGUGUCAUGCGACGGAUGUUCCGGAAACACUCAAGAGUGGAGGACGUGGAGGCAGUCAUUGAACCGCUGAAGGACUUUGAGUUGAACGAGAACGAAAAAUUACGACUAUUGGACGUUGGCAGCUGUUAUAACCCGUUUUCCAAAUUCGAUUACGAUAUAACAGCCGUUGAUCUCUCACCAGCAACCCCUGACGUGAUUCAGUGCGAUUUUGUCACGGUUAACUUUUCUUCGAAGCUUAACGUUGUAUGCACACCAUCAACGCCAGCACGCAAAAUAGAUACCCUGCCAAAAGGAUAUUUCCACGUUGUGGUAUUUUGCCUUCUUCUCGAAUAUCUACCCGAUGCACGGUUACGCCUCCGCGCUGUGCAUAACGCUUACAAAGCACUCAAAGACAACGGUCUUUUGGUUGUGAUCACACCAGACUCGAAACAUGCUCAAAAGAAUAUGUCCAUGAUUCAGGGCUGGCGAAGAACGCUACUUCGACUAGGUCUAGAUAGGGUUCGUUACUCAAAGCACCAACAUCUUCAUUGCAUUUCAUUCCGUAAACUCUGUCCUGUUUCACGACAUCUUAUGCAGCUUGACGCGCAACCUUGCAAACACAGCUAUGAAGAGCUAUGUUCAAAUUGUGUGGACGAGCUUGCUCCGCAAAUGUCGAUUCAUCAAGACAGGCAGGAUUAUGUGGCAAAAUUUGAGGGUGGUGACUCCGCUGUCCAAACGGAAUUACGGGGCGAAGAUGAAGAUGAGAGCAUCGCCGAGAUGCUCGCUGAGAUGCCGUUGGAAUUCGAAGACGAUGACAAUGACUAGGUUCCAUAAAAUGUAUACUUUAUUAGACUGUAAAAAUUACUUCUCAAUGAAUGUAUAAUACUCCAAUGUUAAUAAAUGUACGUACAUGGCUAAUUUAUAAGUUAUCCAUAUGUGUGCAUAUAUAUAUAUAUAUACAGGGUGUAGUACUCAAAUUUGGAUAAUCUUUGUCGAGCUGCUCGUUAUAUCGCACAUCGGUGUGUCCACUAUUAUUGGCAAGAAAACUGUUUGUCUCUAGAACCGAACAGCGAGCUCAUCAGGGCGGAAGACAACGCAGCAGGAAAAGUACUGUGGAAGACAUGAUAGAGAUUUCUAUGAGGUAAACCUACGACCUCGAAAAUUCAUCGAAAUGGCUCAAAAGCCAAUAUUUAUACUCCUAGAUUUUUUAUAUUAAAUGAUGGCCUUUUUAACAAACAGAGUAUCAAUGCGGAUUAAGCCGUCCGGAUAAGCUAAAACGAUUAGUCACUUUGAGACGUCCUGCGUCCUUUUGUGCCUUUUGGACUUUUUGGUUGUUUUUAGCGUUUGCAUUAUUGCACUUUUUGGCCUGCUAUCAGUCAAGAGUGUCAUUCCGCUGUAAUUUUUUUAUGUAGCAUGCUUAUACGGCACUCUUUGCAUUUACGUUAAAUUUACACCUGCCAAGGUCACUAUGUCACACAUGAUUACUAUAAAAAAAACGUACCUGCCUAUCAACAAAAGACUAUUUUUGAAAAUGAUUAAUAAGUAAUCCAGAUAUCGAUAAAAAGUUACAAUCGCAGUGAAUGAUGGUUAUAAUAAAUAAGCACGAUUACCAAGAACGACACUUCUAGCACACGCGAAAAAAAUUCGUUGCAAUGUAUACCUUCGUUCAAAUGCAAUCUUAGAAACAACUCACAAGGAAUAGUCCGGACUUAAAUGCUCCACCCUGUAUAAUAGGCUUUCAUCAAGCUGAAUAUGAUAAAAAUUACAAUAAAAAAUACAGCGAAAUACUUCUAACUUCAAUAGCAAAAAUAACCGA